CCUUCAUCACACCUCAUUGCACUCUUCUUCUUCUAUUCACUGCAAGGCGUUCCCUAUGGGCUCCAAUCACGAUUUCUUCCGCUAAUCCUUCGCUCUCAUGGUUCCUCUCUUACCUCUCUUGGUUUCUACAAGCUUCUCUUUCUUCCUUGGGUCUUCAAGGGUGUCUACGCUCCUUUUAUCGACAGCCACAGCACACGCCGACGCUGGCUUCAGUUCUGCACCACGGGUCUUCUUCUCUGCUGCGCCUUCCUUUCCACCUUUCCUGAUGAGCAACUAGUUUCAUCUACUUGGAUUUUACCCUGCUGCCUCUUCAUCAUCAAUUUCUGCGCGGCCACUCUUGAUAUUGCUGUGGACUCACUAGCCAUUGGUAUGCUCAGUCAUUCAGAACUCUCUUGCGGCAACGCAGCUCAGGUGGUGGGAUACAAAUUUGGUGCAGUAGUGGGUGGUGGACUCCUCUCUUCAUUCUUCCCUUUGACUGUCGUGUUUGGAGCUCUUUGUGGAGUCUACACUAUGGGGCUGUGGGUCGCAACCUACUACAAGAGAUUUAAUGAGUUUGAGAAGGUUCAAAAUAUGGCUGAUGAUGAAGGCUGCAAGGGAGGAGACAAACGAGGCUAUGGGGAGGUACUAUGGAUGGCUCUAUUUGAGUCACCAUCCACACCGGGUCUUGUCGUCCUCUUAUUGUCGUACAAACUGGGCGAAAUGGGGGCCAUGAAUAUGUUGCCAUUGAUGCUUCUAGACCACGGCAUGUCUGUGCCCGUUGUGGGUUUCUGGACCGGUGUUGUUGGCCAAGCAUUCUCUAUUGCUGGCUCGUCCUUCGCCUCGACCAUAGUGCGACGCUUUGGGUAA